UUCUGUUCAGAGUUGUCGUUCGUUCCCACACAAUAUUUUCAGAUUUUGGUUCAUUUGAAGUAUCGGCCUUAUUAAAGGGGCCGAAACGAUAGUUUGGGAAACUACGAGGAUUGCUUAUAUAGCUAUAAAAUACAUCAGCUCAUAACAUGAGCGUGUAUGAUCGAGUGGUCUAGGCGGGAGGCUUUUUACCCUAGGACUCCAGGAAUCCAGGGGAAUCGCCUGACAAUAUGCUGAAAAAAAAACUCCAAGAUGGACAUCCCUGUUCUGAUAGGGUCUCUCGUGGGAACAUCUGUGCUCGUGUGCUGUAUAUUAAUCGUCGUGACCUGUGCCUGUUAUCGGAACCGCAUUAAAAAGGAAGAGACAAUGUUUAACCGCCAAGAGCACCUAAAUCAUACGCAACAUGCCGUGCCGUCACCCGGUAAAUUUGGAGAUAUGAUUCGAGACUACUUUCGAGAACAAGAAAGCAAGGAAAGUGACGUAUUUCAUAUUGAAAAAAUUGAACUACAUGCUGAAAAUGGUCAUCUGUCCGAGCAUGAUAUUGCAAGAGGACAUAAAACGAACCAAUCCAUCUUAGGAGAAAGUGAUUUUGGUUCUGAGAAGUGUAUAAGGGUAAGCACAACUGAAACAACAAGAGGAUACAUGGGUCGAGCUAUUAAAUGUAGCAGCGCUCGAAGUUUGUACACGAGUUCUGAUCUGGCGAUUGCUGACUUAACAGAAGAUCCUCUGCAUGAUAUAUACAAGGAAUUACGUGACUUUGAAGAUUCAAACACAGAUAGUGACGAAGACACGAAUGAUAUUAUCGGAAGUACUAACACGAUUUACACAGGACAACAGUCGGAGGAAAGUGACGAAGAAAUGUAUCCGCCAGUUGAGGAAAGAGCAAAGACACCAAUCGAGGAAGUUGAUAAAUUUUAUAACCCAAAACAAAUGUAUCCAUCAGUUGAGAUGCCGAAGUCACAAUUGAAAUCAAGAGAUAAACUAAACAACUUUUAUCAAAUGGAUGACUUAAGUAUACUAGUAGAUAGCAAUAUAUGUUCGGAUUCUGUUAUUGACACAUCUGAGCUAUCAAGUGUCAGAUUUCACAUAAGUACACACACGGAAGAAGCUUUGUCUAUCAGCAUAGAAGUUGAAAACGAAAUUAACGAAAUAAAUGACACAACAGAAGGAGAACUUAAACUAAACGACAGCGAAAGGUGCACCAACCAAAACGUAAGCAAUGAUACUUACUCAGCAGAGCACAUCAUCAUCGAUGAAGAAAAAUUAACCGAACAAAGCAUUUUAAAUGCAAAAAAUGACAAUGCUUCAAAUGGUGAACACAGUAUAAGUGAAAAAAAAGGAAAUUCUAAACUAUUAUCCGACCAAGAUGAUGUAAACCAAACAAGUGGCGUGCAUGACAAAUUAAUUGAACAAAACAAUGUAAGCCCAAUCAGCGUAUCAUGUGAAGAGUUAACAGAACAGACCAAUAUAAACCGCUCUGGUUCUUACUCAAUAUUCUCAACUGACAAUACAGAUUGUACCAACGCAACAAUGUGUUCAGAUCUCGACGCUGUUACUGACAUUAUUAAAAAGUAUGCCGAUCAGAAGAAAUCAAACACAGUUGCUGACAAUGAAAAACAACCUGAAAACACUAUACUAACAAAUGGUUAUCUAAAGAGCUUCACCAGAAAAGAAAAGAAUUAUGAUACUAUAGACAAGAAAGAUAUACAAAAGAAACCUGUUAAACGACGAAAAGGCAAAAUACCUCAGGCAUCGAACGCUCUAAAAAUUUCCGAUUAUACCCGUCCUUCAAUACCCAUAAAUUCUCCAAUACAUUCAAAAGUUCAAAGAGGGCAUGCAUUUCUAGAGCGGUUAUAUCUAGAAGAGAAGUUUCGUCAAAAGCCGGAAGCUGUUCAAAGCAACACUGACCUAGCUAGAAAGAGAAAACGUGGAGACAGUAUUGUUAAAAAAAGUAAAUCGCUUUCACAACCUGUGGUUCUACCGCAUGGCACAUCGCCAUCGACCCAAUCUGGAGAUAUUCAGCUUAAAUCGAGCCUGUCCUCAGCAAAAAAGGUGAAUAAGAAACGAUCAAUAUCUUUCAAAUCUCCAGAACCAACGCCCGAUAGUUGGAUGAGAGGUCUAAUGGAUACAUCCGGGGAACACAAGAAGACCCGUGUCAUAAAUACACCAAGCACUGCAUGCAAUAAUGUAGAACCCGUUUCUCUGUCGCAUAUAUUGUUCUACGGGGAACUUCUUUAAUUCCGCAAUACUACUAAUACAUUUAGAAUAAGUGUGUGUUCAUUUAACUUGACAACACUGGAAAGAGUUUGAUGAACGAUGUAAUUAUACUUCUUGUAUACAAAAUAGUUUUCCGAUAAGGAAACACUUUUAUUUUCACCAUUUGCAAGAAAUACUGGAGUGUGUUAAAGAGUGGUAGUGGGUAAGACUAUGCAAUACUUAAUAAUAAUUAAGUUUUUAUUUUGGGACCAUGCUGAAAGGGGUGUGUUUAUGAUUGGCCUCGUGUUUUGUAUUUUAAAUAAGUAUGUGUC